AUGUUAUUACAAUUAAUUAUUAAAUUUAAACAACAAUUUAAUAAAACUACAAUAUUUUCUAAUUUAUUAUUAAUUUUCUUAUUAUUAUUACCUUCAACUAUUCAAAUUCCUAUACCUAAUGGGCAAGUGGGGAGAGCAGAAGUAGAAUGUGGGCAAGAAGAAAUUGAAGUAGUCUUUUUAACAGAGGAUCUAUUUCAAGGACGUGUUUUUGUUGUUGGCCAUUCAAAUGAGACUGGAUGUUCUUCUCGUGAUAUUGGCAAAAAAUCGACAUCAAUUAUUGUUAAAAAAGAUAAUUGCGGGGUUGUAACUAUACGCUCGCAAAAUCCUCCAGGAUUAUUUGUUAAUGUAAAAAUAAUGAUUAGUUUUCAUGAAGAAUUUAUUACAAAAAUUGAUAGAGGUUAUGAAAUUUCUUGUUUUUAUAUGGAAGCAGCCAAAACAGUUACUUUCCCAAUUUCUGUCGAACCAAAUACUUUACAACCAUUUACUGAAUUUGCAGAAAUGCCUAGAUGUAGAUAUGAAGUUGUUGAUCCAACAACACAAGAACCUGUUAGUGUUGUUUCUGUUGGAAAUAAAUUAUUACAUAAAUGGACAUGCGAAUCAACAGCUACAGAUCUUUGGUGUAUGGUUGUACAUUCUUGUUUUGUUGAAGAUGGAUCUGGAACUGAAUUUCAAAUUCUUACAGAUGAAGGAUGUGCAAUUGAUAGAUAUUUAUUAGAUAAUUUGGAAUAUGGCCCAGGUCCAUUACAAGCACAAAAAGAAGCACACGCUUUUAAGUUCGCUGAUCGUGUUGUUGUAAAUUUCCAAUGUUCAAUUAGAUUAGAUAUUCGGGAUGGGGAAUGCCCGGUAAAUUUAAUCUUCAAGUCAAUAAAACAAUUAUUUUUUUAA